AUGCGGCUGGCACGGCCUUUGCGCGUGGCUUUGAUCGGGGACAGCUGGGUCACGGACCUUUAUGAGAAGAGCGAUGGGAAUCGGGUGCGCAAGUCCCACACUGCCUGGGCCAUGGAGGCGAGUUUGCGACAGCGACUGGGGCAGGGUGUACAGGUGGACUUCGUCUUCGCAGGAUUCCCAGGCACAAGGUCCAGGGCGCUGCUUUCCAUGUGCUGGCUCUGCCGGCUUAGGGACAUGGCCAAGCUGGCGAAAAUGGGCUAUUCCUGGAAGUACGACCCAGCAAGAGCCUUGAAAGAGCAGCGCCUCCAGCCUCUCUCUGAGCAGCCACAGGAGGAGGAGCUAGAUGUCGCUGUCAUCUGCGUGGGGAGUAAUGACCUCUACGACCAACCCUCUUCUGAAAUCCUCCGCACACUCUCAGAACUCUGCAAGCACCUGGAAUUUCGAGGUGUGGAGGUCUGCCAGUGUUCCCUGUAUCUGCACGAAACCGAACGCCAGGCAUGGCCAGAAGCUGACCAGACUUGCCAGCAAGUGAACGAGACUCUGAAAGGGAGCAGCUGCAUCGACCUCGACGGCUUCUUGCAAUCCUUGAGUCCUCAGCAUUGGCGUGAUGAGCACCAUCUUGCGGACAGCGGCUACAAGCUCCUGGGGCAGAAGCUUGCCGGUGCCGUGGAGGAGCGCUUCUGCUCUCCGCCGACCUUCAUUCCCAGACGCUGUCCGUACCUGCUCCACGUGGAGGAAGUCGGCGAGCGCAGCUUCGUGGGGAACCUGGUCGCAGGUACCUAUGCAAAGCAGUGGUACGAACACCACGGCAAGCCCAUCUACUGGAAGAAGGUGGUCACAGAGCCGGAGGUUUGCCUCUUCUUCUGGGACGAUCGCAAUGAUCGGGAAGGGGUCUCCUGGCAGGGUUGGUGGCUGGGGCGUCUCGGCCAUGCGAAUACGGCUGUCGUGGAGCAUCCAGGUUGGGCCUUUUGCCCCGGUGACUCCACGGAACCACCGAAGAGCGGAUGGAUCGAGGUGCGCUCCGACAGCGCUCUGCGGCUCCGCAUCGAAGACACGCCGCAGCCACUCUCACAGGCCUCUCAGAACCCAUGGCCCUCGCAGCAGGGCCCCUUGUCACCUUGGAAAGGGUCGCCAACGAAGCGAACCCGCCACGAGGUCUGGCACUAG